UCCACCUUUUUCUAACCUUAAAUCACUCUUCCUCUUCACUCUCUUCACCAUGUCUCACUGUUCUUACUGCUACUGCAUUAUACCCCACCAAUUUCUCUUUCUCCUUCCAUCUUCUUCCAAAAAAUGCCCAGAAAAGCAUCACCCUUUUUCCACAAACUCUCCCUUCGUCUCCUCAGACUCUCUCUUCUCCUCCACAGAUUAAGAAAACCCAUAUUCCCAAAGCUCCUCAAGAGGUUCAAGAAGUGUCAGGAGUUGAAGCUCCUCAAACACUCUGACUAUGGAGACUACCAGUUCUCCGCCUCGACCACUCCCCUCAUUCCUCGGUACCGUCGAAACCAAUUCAAGAACAGUGUCCAACCAGGUCUGUGUUCUUUCUUGUAUCUGUUUUGGUGCCUGGGGAACUUCAACGUAGAACGAAGUGGGGAGCGCCAGCUGGCACUGGAACCAUUCGAAAUUGGAGAUGAAACAAGCCUAGCCCAGGAUUUGUUCGAGUGUGGUUCAGGGGAUGACGAAGGUGAAUCCGUUGAUCAGAAGGCUGAGAAGUUCAUCCAGAAUUUCUACCACCAGAUGAGAAUGCAGAGGCAGGAAUCGCUCUAGCUCUUCAGAUUCAUUUUAUAUUUUUUCAAUUCAUUUCCUUUCUCAAUUGUUUUAUUCAAUCUUUGCAUUUCGCCUUGGUUUUCCUUAAUUUAAUUUUCAACCAGGAGAGUAAUGGAUUGCUUUCUUGCUUGAUGGUUUACAAUAAAUGCUUUACAUUGUUAAAUAUCUCUUGGCUUAAUGAUAGGCAUUUUUUAUUUUUUUCAUUAUAAAUGAGUUGUGAUGCUUGGUGUAAUGAAGAUUUUACUAAUUUUUUCUGGUUUAGAUGAAGAUUGUAUCACAGACCAUUAUUUCGUCUGAGAUCUUGUGA